AUGUCUAAACGUCAGCACUCGCACCUCGACGUUGACGGCACCGGAAAAAGUCCACAUCAUGUGCCGAAGAAGCACCUCUACCUUCUUCCAAGAUUUGCCACUGCAGGCUUCAGCAUCCACAAGAUCGACGUCGACGCCUUGGAGGGCACCAGCGCCGACCUGAAGUACCAUGGGUUCCCUGACCCUGCUGCUCUCCGGUUAGCCUCAUCCGUAAAUCCUCUUCGCAUAGACUUCGCAGCCAUGGGCGGCAACAUCUUCAUCACCACCAACCCAUGUUGUCCAGACACUCCCACCCUCGUGUUGGACACCGAGACGGCUGGGCUCACCAUGGGUCCCCGUUCACCGGUUCGACUCAUCGACGUGACUACCUUCACCGUGGCCGCCGGCGGCAUGCUAUACGGGUUGACACAUCGGCAUGUUCAUGAGGAACACUCUUUCGAGGCCAUGCCGUGGGCACCAAUGGACAGAGACGAGCUGUGGCCGAGCCCAACCAUGAGAUGGUCCUGGAAAAGCAUGCCCUCGCCGCCACCAUUCGCCAUGGACGACAUAAUCACCUCCUACGCCCUGCACCCGGACGGGCACACCAUUUUCAUGUCCGCACACGACAUUCGCUAUCAUCAUCUUCCCAAGGGCACCUUCUCCUUCGACACCAGGAAUUCCGAGUGGAGGUUACAUGGGGAUUGGGCGCUACCAUUCCAAGGACAAGCCUAUUACGACAACGGGCUAGACGCAUGGGUCGGGCUUCACAAGGACGGUUACAUCUGCUCCUGUGAAGUUGCCUCCCGCAGCAGCACAAGUGCCGUGGAGACGGAGUGGAAGGUGACCAAGGAGAAGCUGUUCCACAAGGACCCGGAGAGGCGGCAGGCAUUUGCGAAGGCCAGUCUCGCGUACAUGGGCGACGACAGCUUUUGCCUUGUGGAGUUUGUGCUACGCGAGGGAGUGGAGUUUAAGCGCGCCUUUGGUGACCGUGAUGGUUGUGUGCUCCACAUGAGCACGUUUGCUCUUAAAUACUCCCUCCAUCUCAAAAUUCUUUAUGAUCGUAGGGGAGAACUGCAAACCACGCGCCACCACACUAACUCCUAUGUAGUGUCCAAGUAUCUCCAGACAGUUUCUCCUGUAGUGUUCUGGAUGUAAAGCUAUUUGUUGACAUGUUUUAUGCAAACCAUGUCAGAGCAAUGUAAGCUAUGUAU